UGACAAACAAACAUGGGAUGUUGCGCUAAAGUUGGGGCUGCUGUGUCAGUCAUUUUAGCCAUUUUAAUUAUCUACAGUACAAAAUGUUUGUUUGACACGUCAGAGGUGCCAGAUUUGGGAGAGAGAUGGUGGAAAGUCGCAAAGCCGGCGAAAGUAGAUACUAGUAUCAAACCGUUUAAAAUUCAGAUUUCAGAUGAAGUUUUAAAAGAUUUAAAGAACAGGCUCGAUCAUACUCUUCCAUUCCAACCACCAUUAGAUGGCGUUAAACAAAACUAUGGAAUGAACACUAAUCUCCUGAAAACUAUAGUGGACUAUUGGAGGAACAAAUACAAUUGGAAACAAAGAGAGGAGUUUUUCAAUCAGUAUCCACAGUUCACGACCAAUAUUCAAGGACUUAACAUCCAUUUUCUUCAUGUCAAACCUGCUGAGACUAAAGGAAUUAAGGUUUUCCCGAUGUUGAUGUUGCACGGAUGGCCAGGUUCUGUUAGAGAGUUUUAUGAAAUUAUACCACUUUUGACCAAACCACAGAAGGGAAGAGAUUUUGUGUUUGAACUGAUUAUUCCAAGUUUACCAGGUUAUGGGUUUUCUGAAGCUGCUGAAGUACCUGGGCUUAGUCCACCCCACGUAGCCAUCAUUAUGAAGAACCUUAUGGCUCGAUUGGGAUUCCAGAAGUACUACCUUCAAGGAGGUGAUUGGGGCUCAACAAUAAUCUCAAAUUUAGCCUCUUUUUUUCCAGAAAAAGUGCUAGGUAUCCAUUCCAAUUUGUGUUAUGUCAAUAGUCCUCUCUCUAAUGUAAAAUUAGCAUUGGGCAGUCUCAUGCCAUCUUUGGUUGUUGACGCCGACCAGCAACAUCUGGUUUAUCCCAGAAUAAAAAUUUUUGGAUUCGUUUUGCUGGAAACUGGUUACAUGCAUCUUCAGUCUACUAAACCAGAUACCAUUGGUGUCGCUCUACGGGAGAGCCCUGUAGGUCUUGCAGCUUACAUCAUAGAGAAGUUCACCACAUGGACCAAUCCUGCAUGGAAAGACUUGGAAGAUGGAGGAUUGACAAAGAAAUUUACUUUAGAAAAGUUGUUAGACAAUGUCAUGGUUUACUGGGUUACCAGAUCUAUCACUACCUCCAUGAGGUUGUAUGCAGAAGCAUUUAAUUCUAAUUACUUCGUCUUGAACACCGAUGGCCUUCCCAUCGAUGUUCCCAGCGCGUGCUCCCAAUUUGAACACGAGAUUUUAUAUAUACCAGAAUCAAUUCUAAAGGAAAGGUACCGUAAUUUACUGCUAGCAAGGUCACAUAAAACCGGUGGGCACUUCGCUGCUUUUGAAGCUCCAAAUGUUCUUGCCAAAGACACUUACGAUUUCGUUGAAAAAGUUCAAGAUUUCGAUAACCAAAAACUCAGAAAUUAAUUUUUUAUGUUUUUUGUUGUAAAAAUUUUUUAUAAAAAGUUAUGAUUA